AUGUCUGCUGAAGCGAAAAGUGUUGGCGUGAGGGCCAUCGAGGUUUACUUCCCGUCGCGACGCGUUCAACAAAGGGGGCCGCAGAAUGACAGGCUGGCUGCGAGGGACAGCAAGGCAGGAGACAGUUAUGUGUUCUGUGACGAUCGAGAGGACGAGAAGUCCAUGGCUCUGACGGUUCUCGCCUCCCUCUUCCGAUCCCGGCCUCAGGCUGUGCAUCCUGGCUCGAUCGGCCGCUUGGAGCUCGCUAUCACUUCGGCGGACCCUGCAUCCAGGUCUCUUGGAUCCUUGUUAAAAGCGUUCUUUCACCCCGCCGGGAACACAUCCAUCGUCGGGGUUCGGAGCGUGCCAGGGUGCGAGGGAGGGCAGGAUGCCAUCCUCAAUACGGUCAACUGGAUCCAUUCCAGUGAGUGGGAUGGCAGGGAUGGACUGGUAGUACUGGGCUCUGUCCAACAGGCCGAGGAAGAGGAGGGCGUUGCUCUGGCGGCCGUUCUUAUCGGGCCUCACGCCCCGGUGGUUCUGGACGAGUGCCCUCGAGCCCUGUGCUUCCGGCACCCCUGCGAGAAAUUCCAUCACGACUCUUCUUCGACGUCACCUUCUUCCGACGAGAGCUUCCUCUCCUGCCUCGCGCAGUGCUAUCGACAAAUUCAAUCCCAGGAUAUGAUCCAGCAAGAACAGGGGGCCACCGAGCGACCCGACCGCAGGAACCGAGCACUCACGUUGGAUCGCUUCCAGCGCGUGCUGUUCCAGUGCCCGUCGCUGCGACUCACACGCAAGGCCUACGCUUAUCUCCUCUACCUCGACUUCCUCGCGAACCCAGAUCACGCGCACUUCGACUCCAUGGAUACCACCACUCAGGCAAUCGCCCAGGGUCGAGGGUUCAUUGAUGAUGAAGUGCAGGACACUUUCUACGCCCUGUCCGAGGCCAGGUACGAGGAAAGAAUCCGCCCCUCCCUUGCCUUCUCGAAUAUAUGUGGAUACGCACAUGCCGCCACCUUGUGGGCGUCUUUAGCGAGUGUUUUGGCCUCGGGCAUGCCCGACAACCAGCAGCCAGGGCCCUCUCGGGUUCUUCUUUUUGCCUAUGGAGACGGCGUGAUGAGCGCGAUGUAUACGGCCACGAUGGGGUCAGACGCACCAGGUAUCAUUGACAGUGACAGCUUUCGGGAGCGACUAGAAGAAGGCACGGUUGUCCCGCAAGAGACGUUUGACUGCGUUAGCAAGUCUGCUGCCAAAGGGGUCACAAAGCUGGCAGGAAAUAUUGAGGCGAUCGGAAGGGAUACGUACUACUUGCAUCGCAUCAACGCCGAUGGAGAAAGGGAAUACCGGCUGAAGAAGAAUUAG